AUUCCUUCCAGCUCUCAACCAACUCGUCACGCCACGCCUACCGCCUCCGAAGUUUAUAAACCUCUCUCUCUUUUCGAGCUCUCCGCUGCGUGUCCACCAUUUCCGUUUGGUUUUACUCCACUAAUAAGCUAAGGAUUUUUUCUUUUGGUUGUGGUUACUGCGCCAAUGGCUGGUAAUCCGGCGGCGGCGGCGCCGUCGUCGUCUGGCUCUUCGUCGGUGUUCCUGCCGCCCCCGUCGCCGUCCGACGGGGAGCUGCUCCGGCCGCUGCACCGCCUGGCGCGCGACCUGUCCGCCGUCGACACGCCCGCGCCGUUCCUGCGCGCCGCGUUCGCGUCCAUCUCGAGGCGGUCCAAGCUACUGGCGGCCGCGUUCGACGACCUGCUGCUGUGCGGCGCCGCGGGGGAGCUGCCGCGGUCGGCGUCGCUGUGCCUGCGGGAGGUGCUCCUGGUGCUGCAGCGGUUCAAGGCGAUCGUCGCCGAUUGCUCGGCGCGCAGCCGGAUGCGGCUGCUGCUGGAGUCCGACGAGAUGGAGGCGGAGCUGCGGGAGCUCAACCACGACCUGGCCACGCUGCUCGACCUGUUGCCGGUCGUCGAGCUGGGGCUUGCCGACGACGUGCUCGACGUCCUCGCCCUCGCGUCGCGCCAGUGCCGGCGGUGCUCGCCGGCACCGGAGUCGGAGGAGGCGCUGAAGGCGAGCGUGCUGUCGCUGAUACAAGAGAUCGAGCGGGAGAUCGUGCCGGAGCGGGAGAGGCUGGAGGAGAUCCUGGUGGAGGUCGGCAUCAACGACCCGGCGAGCUGCAGCGAGGAGAUCGAGAGCCUGGAGCAGGAGAUCGGCGACCGUGCCUCGGAGAAAUGGACGGCCUCCAUGAUCGCUCUCGUCGGCCUCCUCCGGUAUGCCAAGUGCGUCCUGUUCAGCGCCACGCCUCGGCCUUCAGAUUCCAAUUCCAAGGCUGACGUCGAGGCUGAAGACGGCGAGCCCCCGGUGCCGCCGUCGGACUUCCGGUGCCCAAUCUCUCUCGAUCUAAUGCGCGACCCCGUCGUCGUCGCGAGCGGCCAGACGUACGAUCGCGAGUCGAUCGACCGGUGGUUCAGCUCCGGCAAGUCAACGUGCCCCAAGACAGGGCAGGUCUUGGCCAAUCUGGAGCUCGUGUCGAACAAGGCCCUCAAGAACCUCAUCUCCAAGUGGUGCCGGGAGAACGGCGUCGCCAUGGAAGCCUGCGAGGCGAGCAAGAGCGAGCAGGCCCAGGCGGUGGCCGCCAACAAGGCCGCGCUCGAGGCGGCGCGCAUGACGGCGUCGUUCCUUGUGAAGAAGCUGUCCGUCUCCUUCUCCCCAGAUGCCGCCAACCGCGUCGUGCACGAGAUCCGGCUGCUAUCCAAGUCCGGCUCGGAGAACCGAGCGUUCGUCGGAGAGGCCGGAGCCGUGCCUCUGCUCGUGCCCCUGCUCUACUCCGAGGAUGCAGGGCUCCAGCUCAACGCCGUCACGGCGCUGCUUAAUCUCUCCAUCCUCGAGGCCAACAAGAAGCGCAUCAUGCACGCCGACGGCGCCGUCGAGGCGGUCGCCCAUAUCAUGAGCUCCGGCGCGACGUGGCGCGCCAAGGAGAACGCCGCCGCCGCCGUGCUCAGCUUGGCGUCCGUGCAUUCCUACCGCCGCAGGCUCGGCAGGAACCAAUCCGUCGUGGAGAAAUUAGUGCAUCUCGUGCGCACCGGCCCGACGAGCACAAAGAAGGACGCAUUGGCCGCGCUGCUGACGCUGGCCGGCGAGAGGGAGAACGUCGGCAAGCUCGUUGACGCAGGCGUCGCCGAGGUGGCGCUGUCAGCGAUUAGCAAGGAGGAGACCGCCGCGGCGGUGCUCGCCGCGCUGGCCAAGCGCGGCGGUGCGGAGGCGAUCGUCAACAUCGACGGCGCCGUGGCGCGUCUCGUGGCGGAAAUGAGGCGCGGCACGGACUGGGCCAGGGAGAACGCCACGGCGGCGCUCGUGCUGCUCUGCCGGCGCCUGGGCGCGCCGGCGGUGACCCAGGUCAUGGCCGUGCCCGGCGUGGAAUGGGCGAUCUGGGAGCUGAUGAGCAUCGGCACGGAGCGCGCCCGGCGGAAGGCCGCCUCGCUCGGCCGGAUAUGCCGGCGGUGGGCAGCCGCCUCCGCCGCCGACGGGGAGCGAGGCGGCGGUUGCCCCGUUGCCACCGUGGUGCCCCCUGCCAUGAUGGCUUCGUGAAAACCAAUCACAACUUGCCUCGUAGGAUAAGUUCAGAAACAUAAUUUUUCCCCCCUUCUUGCUGUACAGAGUCUUUUUUAGGCUGUCAAGAUUCUUUGCUCCGAGAGAUAAUGGUGAGUGUUUGAUCAACUGUGCAUACGAGCUUCAGUCCAAUGUAAUCCCCUCCAAUUCCAACUCAAAUUGCGCCCUUUCUUUUCUCGAAAGAUAAACGAAGAUAGAAAGUAUUUUUCACAUGCACAUUUCUGUACUGCCAUUCGUAAGGAUACCCGGAUUUUUCCUUCA